AUGCAACGUGGAAAUCAGACUUCCGUGUCUCACUUCAUCUUAGUGGGGCUGCACCACCCACCACAGCUGGGGGUACCGCUCUUCCUAACCUUCUUUGUCAUCUACACGCUCACUGUCUCUGGGAAUGGGCUUAUCAUCCUCACGGUCUUGGUGGACACCCAGCUCCACCCACUGUACUGGUUCCUAUGUCACCUCUCCCGCUUGGACAUGACCAUUUCCUCUGCCAUUGUCCCCAAGAUGUUAGCUGGCUUUCUCUUGGACAGUAAGAUGAUUUCCUUUGGAGGCUGUGUCAUCCAGCUUUUUUCAUUCCAUUUCCUGGGCUGCACUGAAUGCUUCCUGUACACACUCAUGGCUUAUGAUCGCUUCCUAGCCAUUUGUAAGCCUUUACGCUACGCCACCAUCAUGACCCGCAGUGUCUGUAACUAUCUAGCUAUUGGCACCUGGCUGGGAGGCACCCUCCACUCACUUUUCCAAACAAGCUUCAUAUUCCGGCUGCCUUUCUGUGGUGCAAACCAGGUGGACUACUUCUUCUGUGAUAUUCCUGCCAUGCUGCGUCUAGCCUGUGCUGACACCACCAUCAACGAGCUGAUCACCUUUGUGGACAUUGGAUUCCUGGCCCUCACCUGCUUUAUGCUGAUCCUCACUUCCUACGGCUACAUAGUGUCUGCUAUCCUGCGAAUCCGGUCUGCCGACGGGUGCCGCAACGCCUUCUCCACCUGUGCCGCCCACCUCACUGUCGUCAUUAUCUACUAUGUGCCCUGCACCUUCAUUUACUUGCGCCCUGGCUCUCAGGAACCCCUGGAUGGAGUGGUAGCUGUGUUCUACACAGUCAUCACUCCCUUGCUUAAUCCUAUCAUCUACACACUCCGCAACAAAGAAAUGAAGGCCGCCUUAUGGAGACUGGGAGGUCGCAAGGUCGUGAAGCCUCACUGA